GGCGGUACUCCGAAUUCUGGGCUGUAAUAUCUUCAUGCUAAAUAUCAACCUGCAUUGCAACACGACAACAUGACGCGCCCACAGAUUCGCCGAGUCGCAGUUAUCGGCGCAGGCAUUAGUGGUGUCGUGUCUGCAGCACACUUGCUGAAUGCCGGGUUAGACGUGACUGUCUUUGAGAGGAGUCAUGCGGCUGGGGGUGUCUGGCUGUACGAUGAGCGGAAAGCGCCCGAGCCAUCGUAUACAUCGCUGAAACCGCUCGCAUCCGAAGCGCAUUUCGACACGGACAAGGGGCGCGAUAUUUCUCUCGCCCAUGCACCGCCGGGACCGUGCUACAACGGGCUGAAGAAUAAUGUAUCUACACCACUGAUGCGCGUCAAACUCAAUGCCUGGCCCGAAGGGACGCCGGAUUUCGUCAGCCACUCGGUGAUGAAGGAAUAUAUUCAGGAUACGUCGCUGAAGACGGGAGUCCAAAAUAUAACCAUCUAUGGGGCACGGGUUAAGAAUAUUUCGAAGGAGGGUGGCUCGUGGGAGGUUACGUGGUCGAGACUGGAGCAGGACGGCGAUGGCCUCACGGAACGAGAGCAGAUAUGGACGUUCGAUGCUGUUGUUGUUGCCUCUGGACAUUACCAUACGCCUCGAGUGCCGGAUACUCCAGGCCUCGCAGAAGCAAAAGCGCGCUGGCCGGAGCGUAUAUUCCAUUCGAAGCGAUAUAGGAAACCCGAGGGAUAUGAGAAGAAGAACGUCCUCCUAAUCGGAGGUGCCGUGUCUGCUAUCGACAUCUCAAGGGAAAUCGGCCCGCAAGCAGGAACCAUCUACCAGAGCACACGCAACGGCGAAUUCGACAUCGCAGCCAGCAUUCUCCCCGAGAACGGCGUCCGGAUAAGCGAGAUCACACGGUACGAGAUCCUAGACGACGCCGACGCCGACGACAGUAAGCCACUCCCGUUGAAAGUGCAUUUAAAGUCCGGCCAGGAACUCUGCGGCCUGGACCAGGUUAUCAUAUGCACAGGAUACCAAUUUACAUUGCCCUUCCUGCCAUCGUACCACGACGACAGCCUCUCGCCAAAAGAAGCGAACGAGACAAUUCUCAUCACGGACGGGACGCAGGCGCAUAAUCUGCACAAGGACAUCUUCUAUAUCCCCGACCCGACCCUUGCAUUCGUGGGUGUGCCCUUCUACACCGCCACAUUUACGCUGUUUGAGUUUCAAGCCAUCACCAUCGCGAACGUGUUCUCGGGCAAAGCGGAAACACCACCAGAGAGUAGCAUGAGACAGGAAUACAACGACAGAGUAAGCAGAAAGGGGGCCGGGAAGCGAUUCCAUUCGCUCAAGGACAUUGAGGAGGACUACGUGAAGGAGCUACUGGACUGGAUUAAUGGGCCAAGGGCAGAAAAGGGCCUUAGUCCCAUCGAGGGACAUACUGAAACAUGGCACAAGGCGAAGGAAGCGCAGCGCGAGCGUCUGAAGGCAUUUUUCGAAGACAACGGCACGCGCAGGGACAGUGGGAUCGGGGCACUCCCAGAGCUCCAGACGUUCACAAUGGCUUCUCCCAAGGCGAUUGAAGAGCGCGCUGCGACUCCCGCAGAUCCCACUGCGGUCAUCCAGCAGACUCCAAAGAAGAGAUGGGUCAGUUACAUCUGGGAUACAUUCGACAAGUCGCCCGAGGAGCGAAGGCUUCUCACUAAGCUUGAUGCUGCGAUUCUUACCUUUGCAUCGUUAGGAUACUUCAUCAAGUAUCUUGACCAAAUUAAUAUAAACAAUGCAUUCGUUUCUGGAAUGAAAGAAGACCUGGGCAUGUACGAGAACCAGCUCAACUAUAUGCAAGCAAGCUGGACAGUCGGCUAUGUCAUUGGCGAAAUCCCCAGCAACAUGCUCCUCACCAAGAUCCGGCCGAGGUAUUGGCUGCCGGCGAUGGAGCUGCUGUGGACGAUCCUCACGUUCUCCCAAGCGAGAUGCAACAAGGCCACCCAGUUUUACGUCAUUAGAUUCUUCGUUGGUCUCGCGGAGAGUACAUUCUAUCCCGGAAUGCAGUAUCUCAUCGGAUGCUGGUACAGGAAGGACGAGCUUGCGAAACGGUCCUGCAUUUUCCACACCAGCAGUGGUAUUGCGAGUAUGUUUUCAGGAUACCUGAUGGCUGGGGUGUAUAAUUUGGGUGGAAGAGGAGGGUUUAAGGGGUGGCAAUGGCUCUUUAUUGUCGACGGCAUAAUCUCCCUCCCUAUCGCUCUAAUGGGCUUUAUCAUCCUCCCUGACGUGCCUGAAAUCUCAAAUCCAUGGUACUUAACCAAGGAUGAAGUCAAACUCUCGCAGAAACGCAUGGAGCUCGAAGGCCGAAGAACCAGAGGGCCGUAUACAAGAGCCAAGCUGAAAAAGAUAUUUACCUCCUGGCACAUCUACUUCCUCACCAUCGCAUACAUAACUUUCAACAACUCAAGCGGCGGCCAGCCUGUCUUUCAACAGUUUCUUAAAGCAUCAACCGACCCAGUAUAUAGUGUCGGUCAGAUCAACGCCUACCCAACGACAACGUACGCGGUGCAGGUGGUAACAACCCUCAUCUACGCAUGGUCGUCGGACUCCUUCCUCGGCGGCCGUCGCUGGCCACCGGUUCUAGUCGGCGCCGUCUCAAACAUCAUCUGCUACACUUCGCUUGCCGUCUGGGAUAUCCCAGUGGGCUGGAAGUGGACGGUCUUUAUUAUGAGUGGUGCCGGGUUUGGUCUGAGUGGGCUUCUUAUGGCAUGGGCUCAUGAGAUCUGCUCCGACGACAAUGAAGAGCGUGCCCUAGUCGUUGGCAGCAUGAACGAACUUGCGUACGUCUUCCAGGCCUGGCUCCCGCAGGUGGUGUGGCAGCAGAUAGACGCGCCGCAGUAUAGGAAGGGUUAUAUCACCGGGACGAUCAUGUCUACGAUCUUGAUUAUCACGACGUUUACGAUCCGUUGGCUGCAGCAUUGGGAGGAUGGGAAAAAGAGUGAGGAUCUGAGUGAGUCGGACACUGUUGGUGAGCCCGCGGAGAGCGUUUCGAGUCGGGCAGCCGAGAAUGUAGUGGUGGAUGUGCAGGGGAAGUCGUGAUUAUAAUCAGAUAUACAAAGCUCAGGAUCAUGUGUAUGGACAAGAGACUGUAUAUACAAUUGUAUAUACGUGAAUAACAUUAAAAUUAAGAAAUGGAGUAAAUUCC